UCCAGCUGCCCUGGCAGGUCUGGGCUGUCUCUCCCUGUUGCUUCCAUUCUCUCUUGUUGUUGCCAGCUGUCCCCUCCCCUGGCUGGCCUUGGGUUCCUGGACAAGGCCUGUGCUCCUGGAUCUGGCAGACAGGGCACCUGCUCCCUCCUUCCCCUGCCUUCCUCUGCAUGGUGCUCAGCACAGACUGGGGAAUUCCUGACAGUGGCCUGACUGGUUGUCCAGGAAGCUGCUCUCUGGGCUUCGCAGGGUGACCCAGAACCUCCCUGAGCAGUGUGCCCAUCACAGCCACCUCCCUCCUUGGGAGCACAGGAACAGACAGGCACAACCAGUGGAGCCUCUGCCUCCCUUGGCUGCUGUGGGUCCAGGAGCAAAAGGUUCUCUCUUGCACCUGCUGCUGCACACCCUGCCUGUUCCCUGCACUGUCACCUCUGCGUCCCCAGGUUCUCCUGCAGGCACUCAAGGCAAGGAGAGCAUGGGGAGCCGGGCACCAGGCCUCUCCUGCCCUGUCUCCAGACUGCUGCUAUGGGAGGUGGUUGGAGAGGCAGGCAUGUGGUCACUACUGUCCACGUAUGCCAACUGCUUUAUAGGCCAAGGGACUCACAUUGGUUGCCUCCCUGUGCCCCAAGCGCUGGUGCAUGUUGCUAUGGAAUGAGGUGCUCAGGACACUGCCACUUCCUGGGCCAGGUUGUACCUAGCCCCCCUCCCAUACUGCCAGUGCCCUGCACCUGGAGUGGGUGCUCCUAUAUUCCUGGGGCUCCCACCCAACGUUUGCGGUGCUCAUCUCAGCUGCCUGGCCGUCUUCCCUGGCAGCCUCUACUAGGCGCUUGUUAGACAUUAGGGGUCAUUACAGCCUUGAAGCAGAUACCAUCUCCUUCCUGGUAGAAAAAUGAGCCCACAAGGUGGGUAAGCUGCAGCCGGGCAGUGUGUGGGCUGCCCUGAAGUCACCGCUGCUCACAGGGGUGACACUAAGGCCCCCAUCCUGAGUACCCCUUCCCCUUUGUAGGCUGAGCACACUCCUGAGCUUGCUUCAGCCUCCCAAGGGGCAGCCUGUUCUCCAGUGAUGGGGGAAACUGAGACCUGCCCUUUGUGUGGAACAUCCCAGCAUGGGGGUAGGCAUUGACCUUGGGCCUGCCAGGCCUGGCAGCCACAGGCUGGCCCCUGCCAGACUUGGAGGUGGGCUGAGUGAAGGGCAUGGCCUUCUGCACUGCCUGGGCUUCCUUGUGCCUGUGAGGAACUCCAGGGAGCCCAUGUGGCCCCAGAGCCUGCUGUCCCUUCUGUAAACAUGAGGCGCGUGUCCCAGUGGCUGUGAGCGAGUGAGGGGGCGGCAAGCAAGCCGGCUGCACAAGUCCUGCAGCCCCAGGUUCCUCAUUGCCCAACAGGCAGCUGGGGGCGGGCCGCAGCUGCUGGUUAAAGGCUGCCUGGAGCAGCCUGUUUGGAGACAGGUGCCCAACAGCAGCCGAGGAAGCCAGCCAGUGCUCGCCCAGCUUGAGGCCUUGCCAUCCUUGUGCCAAAUCGCCAUGUCUGAGGCACCCCGGGCCGAGACGUUUGUCUUCUUGGACCUGGAAGCCACAGGGCUCCCCAGCACGGAGCCUGAGAUCGCUGAGAUAUCCCUCUUUGCCGUCCACCGCUCCUGCCUGGAGAAUCCGGAGCACGACGAAUCUGGUGCCCCUGUGCUGCCCCGGAUCCUGGACAAGCUCACUCUGUGCAUGUGCCCGGAGCGUGCCUUCACCGCCAAGGCCAGCGAGAUCACUGGCCUGAGCAGGGAAGGCCUGCUGCAUUGCCAGAAACCUGGCUUUGACCACACCGUAGCGCGGAUGCUGCAGGCCUUCCUGAGCCGCCAGGCCGGCCCCAUCUGCCUUGUGGCCCACAACGGUUUCGAUUAUGACUUUCCCCUGCUGUGUACCGAGCUGCUGCGCCUGGGUGCCCGCCUGCCCCAGGACACCAUCUGUCUGGACACGUUGCCUGCGCUGCGGGGCCUGGACGGUGCCCAUGGACAUGGCACCCGGGCCCAGGGCCGCAAGGGCUACAGCCUGGGCAGUCUCUUCCACCGCUACUUCCAGGCCGAGCCAAGCGCAGCCCAUUCGGCUGAGGGCGAUGUGCAUACCCUGCUCCUGAUCUUCUUGCACCGCGCGGCUGAGCUGCUCGCCUGGGCAGAUGAGCAGGCCCGCAGCUGGGCCCAUGUUGAGCCCAUGUACUUGCCACCUGAUGCCCCACACCUGGAGGCCUGAGCACCAGCAGCACAGAUGCUCCCUGCCCACGGGCAGCACCAGCCUCAAACGCUCAGUCGGGCUCUGAGCAGAGCCUUGCUGCCCCUCCCCCAGCUAUUCUUGGUGGAUAACCCCAGGUCCAUACACCUGCCAGGCCUCCUGGGCCUGGCCCGACCAGCCAUGCAGCCCAGAGCCCCACCCCAGGGCCGCACUGCUGCCCUUCACCGUGUUUCUCAAUAAACAUUGCCAACUA